CUCGCCCCCUCGCAGAGCACCGACCUCUUUGAAAUGAUUGAAAAGAUGCAGGGGAGCAGGAUGGACGAGCAGAGAUGCGCGCUCCCGCCCAGCGUGAAGACGGAGGAGGACUACAUCCCCUAUCCGAGCGUCCAUGAGGUCCUGGGCCGGGAAGGCCCCUUCCCCCUCAUCCUGCUGCCCCAGUUCGGGGGCUACUGGAUCGAGGGCACCAACCACGAGCUGCCCGGCCUGGCCGAGGCGGAGCUGCCGCAGUCGCCGCCCUCCAAGGUGAAGCUCGAAUGCAACCACAUGGCCGGCCUCUACCGGAAGCACUUUCUGGGCAAGGAGCACUUCAACUACUACUCUGUGGACGCCGCGCUCGGCCACCUGGUUUUCUCCCUCAAGUACGACGUCAUUGGGGACCAGGAGCACUUGCGGCUGCUUCUGCGGACGAAGUGCCGGACUUACCACGACGUGAUCCCCAUCUCAUGCCUGACGGAGUUCCCCAACGUCGUCCAGAUGGCGAAGCUGGUGUGCGAGGACGUGAACGUGGACCGCUUCUGCCCCGUCCUGUACCCAAAGGCUUCCCGCCUAAUCGUGACCUUCGACGAACACGUCAUCAGCAACCAUUUCAAGUUUGGGGUCAUCUACCAGAAGCUGGGCCAGACUUCAGAAGAGGAGCUCUUCAGCACCACGGAGGAGAGCCCGGCCUUUGUGGAGUUCCUGGAGUUCCUGGGCCAGAAGGUCAAGCUGCAGGACUUCAAGGGGUUCCGGGGCGGCCUGGACGUGACGCAUGGGCAGACGGGCACCGAGUCAGUCUACUGCAGCUUCCGGAGCAAGGAGAUCAUGUUCCACGUCUCCACCAAGCUGCCCUACACGGAGGGGGAUGCCCAGCAGCUGCAGAGGAAGCGGCACAUCGGCAAUGACAUCGUGGCCAUCGUCUUCCAGGACGAGAACACGCCCUUCGUCCCGGACAUGAUCGCCUCCAACUUCCUGCACGCCUUCAUCGUCGUGCAGGCCGAGAACGCCUGCUCCGCCCACACGCUCUACAAGGUCUCCGUCACUGCCCGGGACGACGUGCCUUUCUUCGGCCCCCCGCUGCCCAACCCGGCUGUUUUCCGGAAGGGGCCCGCCUUCCAGGAGUUCCUCCUGGCGAAGCUGAUCAACGCCGAGUACGCCUGCUGCAAGGCGGAGAAGUUCGCCAAGCUGGAGGAGCGCACGCGCGCCGCGCUGCUGGAGACGCUGUACGAGGAGCUGCACCUGCACAGCCAGGCCAUGAUGGGCCUGGGCGGCGACGAGGACAAGGCGGAGAACGGCGGCGGCGGCGGCGGCUUCUUCGAGUCCUUCAAGCGGGUGAUCCGCAGCCGGAGCCAGUCCAUGGACGCCGUGGGGCUGAGCGGCAAGAGGCAGAACGCCGUCUCCGCCAGCCACAGCGGCGGCUUCGGGCACAACAACCCGGACGUCGCCAAGGCCGCCGGCAUAUCAUUGCUUGUCCCCGGAAAAGCGCCAAGUAGAUACGGACGUCGGGGCAGCGCCAUAGGCAUAGGAACCGUGGAGGAGUCCCUGAUCGUCCCUGGGAAGAGCCCAACGCGGAAGAAGUCGGGGCCCUUCAGCUCCCGGCGGAGCAGCGCCAUCGGCAUCGAGAACAUCCAGGAGGUGCAGGAGAAAAGAGAGAGCCCGACCGGAGCCCCGAAGGGCCCAGAGAGCGGCCACGUCUCCCAGGAGCCCAAGUCUGAGACCUCGUCCGACCAGAGCUCCCCUGAGCUGCCCACCACCAAGAACAGGCCGGACCCCACGGCCACCAAGCCAGAGGCCCUGCGGGAGUUCUCUCGCUCGUCGUCCAGCGCCAGCAGCUUCGGCAGUGGGGCGGAGGAGCACGAAGGAGGCCGCAAGGAUGACGCCGGCCUGGAGGGCCAGCCGCCGUCGGGCGCUGCGCACAAGCGCGACUCCUUCACCUACAGCACGUGGCUGGACGACAGCCUCAGCACGACCAGCGGGGGCAGCUCCCCAGGCCCUUCCCAUUCUCCCCAGCUGGACCCCCAGACCUCCACGGACGCCCCCUGCCCGGAAAUCAAGAUCCAGCUGGAGCAGGCGGAGCGGCAGCCCCCUCCUCCGGACUGGCUUUCCCCUCCAGGCCGCGCUCCUGCAGCGGAGGAGAAGAAGCACAAACGGAGGGGCCCGGAGGAGGCGCUGGCCCACGUCCUGCAGACUGUCUGA